AAUCGAAGGGGUCGACGUGCAAAUUUAAAUUUUUGGAUCACUGAUUUUUCAAUAAUGUGCGAUUUCGAGUUUAUAGAGACCCAGAAUACCAUUUUAUUGCUAUAUUAAUAACGAUUGAACAAUAGUCGAUUGAACAAUUUUAAAUAAAUAUUAAAAAUGCCAUAAUUAACAUUUUAAUAAAUUAGUGAACGCACCCACUAUUGAAUUUGGCGAAUGCAUCCACUAUUUAAACCUGUAUGUUUUGACAGGUGGCAGCACCGUAGCCAAUUGUUUUUGUGGUAGUGGUUUUCAUUUGAAAUUAUUUAAAUAAAUUACAAUUAAGUCACCAAAAUAAAUGGGAAAACAUAAAGAGUGGCGAAAAUUGGCCAAAAAAGCUAGAAGAAAGCGUAUUAGACAAACAAUCGCCCGUAAAUUACACGAUGAGAAUGAGAAAGAUCGUCUGGCACGCGAGCAGUCGCCCCGAUACAUCGCAUGGUUAGAGGAACAAGCGCAGGCGGAAGAAUUUGCAGCUCAAGAAGAAGCGCGCUUGGCUACCGAACGCGAAGCGCACUGGCUGAAAGUCGAGGAAGAAGCUCGCGUGCAAUGGUUGGUGUUACAAGAGAAACUUGUGCUCGCUCGAGAAGAGCGCGCGAAACAAGUGGCUCGAAUCAAGGCGGAAUGGGAACGCGAGCAGAGGAAGCUCAAGGAGCUGAAGGAGAAAAAGGAACGUGAAGCCGAAGAGAAACUGAAGCAACAGCAACGUUUACAAGAACAGAUUGACUACUUCGUCGAGCACGGCGGGGAGGUACCCGAAGGUUUAAACACAAACUUCGAAACGAACCCCGCCAAACCGGUUUGCCCGUUCUUUAAUAAGACGGGCGCUUGUCGCUUUAAAGACGGAUGCUCGAGAAAUCACGUCCGACCUGGCAUCAGUCGGGUGCUUUUAAUACCGAACUUCUAUUCCCAUUACAGCCUGCAAGAAACUGAAAAUGAGCACGGCACCGAUUCGGGGCUCGAAUUUGAAAGUCAAGACACUUAUGAGCAUUUUAAAGAGUUCUUUAACGAUGUCAUUCCCGAAAUGGAAACAUGUGGGUACAUCAAACAGUUUAAAGUUUGCUGUAAUCACGGGAUUCACCUCCGAGGUAAUGUUUACAUCGAAUAUAGUAACUUGAGGGAGGCGAUAAGGGGUUAUAAAAAGUUUCACUGCCGUUGGUACGGCGGUAAACAGCUUCAUGUCGAAUUUUGUAACAUUCACUCGUGGAAAUCGGCAAUUUGCGGAUUAUUCGCACGUCAACGUUGUCCUAAAGGUACCUUGUGCAAUUUCUUGCACGUUUUUCCCAAUCCGAAGAAUUUUUUGACGGCAGCCGAUAAAGAUUUACACCGUACACCCACGGACGAAAUGGAAAUCGAUGAACGAGAGAUUGAUGGUCGGAAUUGGAGGUGGUCGGAAUCUCCCGAGCGGUUACCGGUCGUACAAAGUGAUCGCAAAUCAAAGCAUUCUAGGAGUCGGAGCAGAGAGCACCAUAUGACAAAACGACACGCGAGGAAGCCGCACAGAUCUAGCAAUCGUGACCACGAAAGACGGUAUAAAUCAUCAACUUCUGUUAAAUAAACUAUUUGAUGUGUA